AUUCAAAUGAGUCUCUCCCACCGACUCUCGUUAAUUUAAUCACACAUUAAAAUCAAUUUCUUAUUAAGAAAAGGAAACUUGAAUUGUUGCUAUUUAAUCACAAACCCUAGCUUCUAUAUUUUCCCAAUUCUCAUCUUUAGCUUCCUUCCUUGCCUACAAAGCUAACCUUUUUCUCUUUAGCUAGAACUCGAGUUUCCUUAUAGCUUCUAGGUUUUAUAAUUUCUGAUUCUAUAUCUUCAAGAGAUUUGAUCACGAUGAUGAAAUCUGAUGAUCGUAGUUUUUCAGAGCAGAGAUGUUGGAGGAGAUUACGCGAAGUUAUGGGGCAAACGAGUCAUGAAAAACCCCAAACCGUUGGUCGUUUUGAGGUGGAACCAUCUUCGAGACCUUUGUCGGAUGUGAACAAAGAGUACGGUACUCUAUUCGAGGCUAAGGAAUACAAAUCGGAAAAGGAGGAACCUAGGGUUUACUCAGGGCAAGUUAAUAUGGAGGAGGUGAUGUACGAAGCUGUCGGAGAGUGGCUUGAGAGCCUCUUAGAACAUAGAUCAAUUACUUCCGUGAAACCAGUACUACAAAACCCUAAUCCGGAUUCAGAAUCUUCUAUGUCAUCUUGUGUCCGUCAGUCCAAGAAAAAACGUUGUUCCAUUAACGUGGAAGAGAGAAGUCGCAAGAAAAGCAAAACCGUUAGUCCUUUAGAGGUGGAACCUAUUCAAACGACUCCCCCGGAUUGGCUUUUGAACGUGAUGAGGAGAGAAGAGAACGGCUACAAUCCAAAGCUGAUCUCAACGAGGCAACUGUAUAACACUGAUCUCGCCGAACUUCAAGCACGCCUCUCAGUCCCUUUUAGGCAAGUGAAAACUCCGGACUUUUUGACAGAGGAUGAGACAAGAAAAUUACAUAGAAAUGCGAUGAAGCUUUGUCCCCACGGUGUGAGUGUGGAUUUGGUGGAUCCUAAUCGGAAGAAGCAUGAGCUUGAAUUGAGGAAGUGGAAGAUGAGUGGAAACUGGAAUUAUGUCUUUGUUAAAGGUUGGAAAAAUGUGCUUGAUGCUAAUAGCUUUAAGGAAAAAGACGUCUAUCCUCUCUGGUCUUUCCGAUCUGGAACAGGAAAACUCUGUUUUGCUCUCAUCCCUAAAAUUCCAGCAAAGGCUCUACUUCGGGAGAAUCUGGCCGUGGAAACUCUCUUCCUCGAGGCGAUGGCGCUUCUACUUCCAGUAAAUCUGGUCAGGCCGAACAAAAGAGAUCUUGUUUUCUUAUAUUAUCACAAAAAGAUCCAUCAGGCUACAACAACACACAAGUGUAAAGUUUCUUGGCUCUAAACUCAAAGUAUAAGUU